AUGCCUAAAGUGAAGUCAACCUCGAGAGAAUUAAAAUCCCAAUUAACGGCAUCGACUACCCGUGCUUCAACAUCAAAAGUAAGUCGAUCCAUAUCCACCAAAAUAACAGCUUCCCGUCGUCCAAGAAUGAAAUCACAUCCAUACAGCCGGAAUAGACAUCUCGGCACCAUGAACAGUAAAAACAUGCCGAAAAUCCCAACAAAUACAGCCACUAAAAAAACCUCAAAAGUAUCCAACUCCAAAACGCCCAACCAUUUUCACAUCAAAACUUUUGAUAAUCGGUUUCUGGGAAACGGUGAUCUUUGGGGACUCGAAAUUCUCGGAGACACGAAUGACGUUAUGCAUCUUGAUAAUCAUGGUCCGAAAGUGUUUCGUGUAAACAGGAAUAAAGAGUUGUGCGAUGAAAAUGGGGAGACGAUUGCUUUCUUGCCGCAUAAUUCUGGACAUGGCGCUUAUACUGUUAAAGUUCAAAGA